AUGCAACCUCCACCAUCGUUUUCAUUCCCAUUCCCUCACCUCCCUCUCGAAAUCUCAUUCCUGAUCAUCGACCAAGCGUCACGUCCCGACUUCGAUAGAGAACCCGUACACCCUCGACUGGCCUACAUCGAUCCACUUACCUUAUCCUUGGUCUGUCAUUCAUUUCGGAAAAUCGCCAUGUCCAACCUUCUGAACAGGGUUAUCCUGAAAUCAAAUGAUCAACUCUAUUUGUUCAUAAACUCUAUACGCUUUCAACGUCAAUGGCGAGCGGAAGGCAGUCGACUGGCACUGGAUUAUCCGUUCUUAGUGCGACACAUGCACGCUUCUGAUGUCUGGGACUUAGUCGUCAGUCAAGCAGCGGACGACUUCAUUGAUCAUAAAACACUUCAAGAGGUUAUGAGAAGCAUAGACUCGGUUUCGCUCAGUUUUGAAGCUUCUCAUAUUCUCCAUGACGGGUUUCAAUAUGUACCCGCGCCCCUCACGAACGAAUGGAGAUGUCGGAGAAUAUCCCUCACUGGGAGUCACUUUAGGUGGCUUCCAUUCACCUCCAGCCCAGGUGGGAUGGGAUUCAUGUCGCAGAUCACACACCUCACCCUCUGGAUUGAAUCCGGUAGCUCUCCCUCCGACGAGCAUGAGGCCCCUCUACCAGAGUGGGCACGUCGCCUUCCCUUCUUCGCGCUUCCCAGUCUAAAUCACCUAGCAUUUCCUCUGUGGUAUUGGCGAAACCCGGGGGAGGCCAACCUGUAUUUCUACAUCGUCACACCUUGUAUUGGAGUGUCAGGUGCAUUCGAGAAGUGGGCAAGAGGAGAAAAAUCUGCUGUCUUGAUAGACAAGUUCAACGUACCGUCCAAUGUUUUUCGGGACAAUACACUGAACGUAUGGGACAGCAUUUAUGCGCAGAUUCUGACGGAACGGAUAUGGACGAAAAGUAUUGGUGGUCGUGAAACCAAAAGUUACAGUAUUCUUUAG